AUGACAGACCUGUACAAUUACUCUACUCUGGAAAAUUUAUUAGACGGAUUAACAGACUUGAAUAGAAUUCCGAAAGAAUACUCCCCACUACUGGAGCCAUAUUUUCAGAACAUAGCAAAUAACACGCAUUUAAAAUUCAAAGCUCUCAAAAUUUGUCGUUUCAAUUUCCAUAAAUGGAACACAUUGGACUCAAAAAAUAGCAAGAGCAUAAGUCCCCAUUGCAAGGCGGAGAACGACAAAUUUAGUAAAGCUGUCGAUCCUGAAGUCAUAAGAAGAUGCCUUAAUCUGUGGUACGUGCUGAGAGGCAAAGAGUAUAAGAAACUGAAGAAUCCUCCAUCUGCUAAUAACAUUAUCAAAGACGAGGUUGAUGUAUCAAAUAUUAAAGGCUUGAAUCUCGUGAGACUAGAAUUUGACGAAUUUGGUAAAUCUAUAAGGAAUCCAUUGAAUAAUUUGAUUUUAGAAGAGGUUGAAGUGAAUGAUUUUCUAAAAGAGUAA